GUAGAUGUAGAUCAAUUUUGCUGGAGAAGACAGCUUCGGCGCGCAAGCGAUCAGCGGCACAAUCUUGGUUCAUACAAAAUCCUUCCAGAAGCCCUUCUGUUCAACUUUGACCCUUGACUUGCCCAACCCGAUUCGAUUCUGUAUACUCGCCAAGAACACAUCGCCAUUAUGGCUAGGCAAUUACGGUUGAACACCUCUGUUGGGGGUAACCAGCGAUAUUCUUUUCUCGAGACACCGCUAGAGAUGCAUGCUCCGGGUCUUCGAAGCAAUCAACAGCAGCAAUCAACGCCGCCGCCGCCACAACCAUUAGCAGUGUCCAAUCCUGAUACUAUACAGGGCCAGGCUGCGGCAGAACCAGUACAGCCACAGUCCCUACCGCCAUUGAAUGAGAAAGCACUGUAUAUGCAGCAAGAAGCGGCAGCGCCUGGUUACCCAGGUGGUCCGAAUAUCGAAGACCAUCCUGCCAACCAUGCCCCUUUCGCCGACGCGGUGCCUCAGCAACAUGAUGCGGUGGUGCCAGACUACUCGUAUGCGGUCCCGCCUCCACACUCCCCAGGACCACUUCCAACCAAGACCUAUCCAGAAACCCCGAGCCAAGUAGCACGAUCCCAUACUGUGGCGAUCGUACCGGACACAAAUCCACUGCAGUCCCCACAGCUCCCUUAUUUCCCUGGGCCGCCGACAGCCUCAGGGAGAUCCUGUACGCCCUUGGCAGAUGAUGUUGCGGCCUAUCAUCGGCCAGGCCAGAUAUCCCAUCCUAACCAACACGUCAAAGGCGGAACAUGGAGCCAUGGCCUGUGUGAAUGCCCAAAUAUUUGGACUUGCUGCCUAGGAAUCUUGUGUCCUUGUAUAUUAUAUGGAAAGACGCAGUAUCGCCUUUCGAGGAUGUCAAGGAAAGAAGACCCGACAAACAUGCUAGGCCAUGAAACAUGUAAUGAAUCAUGCACAGCGAUGGCGCUAUUGUGUGGCUGCCAAUGGCUUAUGGCUACGGUUCAACACAGACGGACUCGUAAGGCGUAUGGAAUCCCAGGAGACAUUGUGUCAGACUGUGUUAGAGCGACAUGUUGCACAUGCUGUACUCUCAUCCAGGAUGAAAACGAGAUCAGGAAACGCGAAGAAGAGCGGGCAAGUACAGCCAGGACUACAGGGGCAGCUCUUGUGUCGCCAUACUUCGCGCCUCCGCAGAUGUCAUACGGUCCUUCGUUGAGAUGAACUGGAGAUGAUCUCGAUAUUGCAUCUUGCCGUGGCGUGUUGACGAAGCAUUAACUAUCUGAAGCCGCAUACCAUAUUUGCAUUUCAGCCCAUUCUUCUUGUUUAUCUUAUUCUUUUCCCUUUUCCCGUUUUCGGCUCUGAAGAGCACGGUUCUAUCCGUCAGUGCUGAUACAUGGCCCUGGGCUGAGUUUGCGGUCCAAGUUCCGUAACGACUCCCCAUCUGUUUGUCAUUCCAUGGAUAAUCUUAGCGUCGCUGUUUCAGUUUACCCUGCAUAUAGUUAGCGGUCAGUUUACUUGGAUGUGGUCUUUGGUUUUGGAUAUCCGAUGAUCUGGCAUGGCAUUUCGUGUACAAACUCCAUAACAUCAGUAUAUAUAGGAGGUAGAUUUACAUUAAUAGGGAAUGUUAAAGAUCAGUUCUGUUUGCUAGGAAAUUAAAUGCGGGCAAAGG